CCAGCUCGCGCUCGAGUCCUCCGUCCUCCGCGGGUGCCACUGUCCGGGGACGGGGCCCUUUGAAGGUAGACGCCCGAGAGGCCAGCGGCGAGGCGAGCGUGACCCGGAUGCGUCAGCGGCAGCAGCAGCAGCAGCAGCAGCAGCGAUAAGCGGCGCCUCGGACCCUGGACCCCGGCGCCAGCCACAAUGGCCAGUUACGCGUCCCUGGAGAAGGUCAUGUCCUGCGGCAGGACCGGCGCCUCCUCCGCGCCCAAGACGCUGGCUUUUUCCAUCGACCGGAUCAUGUCGAAAAGUUCGGGACCCCGGGCGGACUCGGAGGAGCGAGCCGAGGGCAGGACGGUGCUGGGCGUGUGCGCGCCCAUCCCCUGCGUCAUCCCGCUGCAGCCCUUCAGCUACGACCUGCAGGCCAAGGCGCUGAUGAGCUACUCGGAGCUGUGGCGGGCCAGCCUGAGGGAGUCGCUGUGCGGGGCCCCCGGGGCCCGAGUGGUGAAGCCGCAGGUGCUGCAGCAGGCCGCGCCCGGCGCCGGCCCGCUCUACUACCUCAACUACCUGGACUCUGCCUACCAGCAGGCGGAGCUGCAGGCCGGACACUGGCUGUGCGGCCCGCAGGCCCCGGCCUCGCUGUCGGCGCGCCACCGGCUGCUGCUGCUGGAGAGCGCGCAGGUCAGCGGCGAGCAGCAGCUGCCCUCGCCCCGCUGCCCGCACAAGGAGCACCUGCCGGGCCAGCUGGACCAGAUCGUGCGGGAGAACGGCAGCGGCAGCCACGCCAGCGCGGACAAGAGCUUGCUGAAGAGCCACGGCAAAGUCGGCGGCGUCAGCGCGGACGGGAAGCCCAAGAACUUCACCUGCGAGGUCUGCGGAAAGGUCUUCAACGCGCACUACAACCUGACGAGGCACAUGCCGGUGCACACGGGCGCGCGGCCCUUCGUGUGCAAGGUGUGCGGCAAGGGCUUCCGGCAGGCGAGCACGCUGUGCCGCCACAAGAUCAUCCACACGCAGGAGAAGCCGCACAAGUGCAACCAGUGCGGGAAGGCGUUCAACAGGAGCUCCACGCUCAACACGCACGUCCGGAUCCACGCGGGAUACAAGCCCUUCGUGUGCGAGUUCUGCGGCAAAGGCUUCCACCAGAAAGGGAACUACAAGAACCACAAGCUGACUCACAGCGGGGAGAAGCAGUACAAGUGCUCCAUCUGCAACAAGGCGUUCCACCAGAUCUACAACCUGACCUUCCACAUGCACACGCACAACGACAAGAAGCCCUUCACCUGCUCCACCUGCGGCAAAGGCUUCUGCCGCAACUUUGACCUGAAGAAGCACAUCAGGAAGCUGCACGAGCAGGUCUUCUCCUCGGGGCCCGAGGCCCGGAGCUGAGCCGCAGGAGCCUGCCUCCCACGGCAACACUGGACUAGACUCUCGGCUCUGACGGUGGGACAGGGGACAGGGGCGUUGGCACUCGUGUCCGGAGGGAGGACUCGGCCUCCAAAUGAAAAGGGUGGUUUAUCCAAGUCGGUGAUGUAAUUUAAGCUGCGGACGCCCGCGGAGGGCUCUGCUCUCUGUUGUCACACAAAUGGUUUUAAUGUGAAUAAAUAAGUUAUAAGGUAUCCUGAACUCAAGCGGAAUCCACGUGCCGUUAUUUGGGGCCUGAAAGUUCCACGCACGCGGAUGCGUCCUCGGUUCUGACAUUUGAGACGGAAAACACACUGAUAUCGCCACUUGACUGCGGCUCUCACGAGGGGCCGAGUGUGUGUGCGCGCGCGCUCGCUCGCUCGCUCCUGGGGCCACUUUGCAUCUGCAUUU